AUGUCAAUUGAAAGUGAUACAGAUCCAGAAAAUAGCGGAGUCCAUAUAAGUGCAUCACUACGUGAUGUUCUAUUUGAUCCAGUAUUUGCAUGUGCUGCAGCAGCUGCUGGUAGUCCAACAGGUGUAACACUUUUCCGUACAUUAUCAGGACGGUUACGAAGUGUUACAUCAAGUGAUAUAGCUGAACAAAUUCUAAAAGCAUUAGAAAUGAUUUCGAAACGAAAUGGAAAACAAAUUCUUAUUGCUAUAGCAUCAACACAAUUAAUUAAACCAAUGAAAAUAAUGCUUGUCGUACAACGAUCAUUAUUAAAUAAUAUAACAUUCCUGAAACAAUUAUGUCUUUUAACGAGUUCAACAGAAGAAAAAUCAACAACAACAACAACUAUUCCAAUAAUCUAUAAAUCAGCAGCAUUAUCAACUAAUGAAACCAUACCAAUGAAUAUUUGA